AUGGCCACACUCGAUCUCUUUGCGAUCGCCGCAUUUUGUGUGCGAGAUCGUCCCACACUCACACUAAGUGCCCCCACCAACCAUUAUUUAUUCCUUUGCCACUACACCUUUUACCUCACAAAACCAAAUAAUUCAACGGAUAUAAUGGCCAGAGAUACUCCCGAACCAACGGGGCAAGCGCUGAAUGGCUCGCAAACUCAGACCCAGACCCAGCCUCAGCCCCAAGUCCAACCGAUCCUCCACUUGCGGGCGCCACCAAAAGAAGAAGAGAAGAAGAAAAAGAAAGAGAAAAAGCCUCGAGUGCAGUGGACGGAAGAUGUGAUUGAUAACGAAAACAUGGGCAAGAAGAAACUGAAGAUUUGCUGUAUUUUCCACCCUAAUCAAGAGUUUGACGAUGACCAUAAUUGUGAGGAAGACCUGAGUCUGAGUUCUGACGACUCAGAAAACGAGGAGGGGAAGCCGAAUGCCUACGAGAGACAGCCGAAGUAUCACAAUCAUCUGCACCUUCCCCAGAACCCCGCUUAA